AUGGAGAUAUCAAGUUUGGUCAGCCGCCCAGCAACGAAAACUACCUACCAGUUGCCCCUAAGACCUGCCAGCGUGGAACCAAAGGGUGCUGUCUCUGAACCUAGUGCCGAGGCCAAUGUGAAGCUUCCCUCCAUUCAUGACAUGCUGAGCGAUGUGCAAUUGGGAAUGCAACCAUCUUAUUUUCAGCCACGUACCUACACUCCCUCGCCUGUUAUACUUCCAGCUCCAUCCACAAGCUCUCCGAUGGUAGUUCUACAGCCUGUGGGCGCUUAUUCGUACCAGCAACAUGUGUUUCCAGCAAGCCCUCAGCCGCAAUCAUCUCUUUGCCGAACCAGCACCGUCAAUUCUCCAUUGGAACGGUCUGUGGUGGCAUCACUACCCUCCCCUCCCCCCUCUUCCACUUCCACUUCCAUUUCGUCCACUGCAACUGCUAGACGACCCGUAUCACCUGGCCCAAGAACGGAGAAAAAGAUAGCCAAGCCCGGUCUUGUCGGAUCCACUGUGUCAGACAGUAAGAAACGCAGGUCAAACCUGCCAAAAAGAACCACAACCAUCCUUUCAGACUGGCUGGUCAACAACCUGAACCAUCCAUACCCCAACCCAAGACAAAAACUAGAGCUGAUUGAGCAGACGGGUCUGACCAGUCAACAGUUGAGCAACUGGUUCAUAAACGCUAGAAGGAGAAAAAUCAACAUUCUUAGAGAGGUGCAGAACAAUACUCGUGAAACGGUCUGA